GAGGGGAAGCUAACCAUGUCUUUAAACUCAUCUACACUUUUAAGUGAAGAAAACUCUCAAGGACCAAGAAGAAAUACUGAAUGUUUGGAAAGUCUAGAAUUGCAGACUCCAUCAUCGUUUCAAGAUAACCCACUUCAACAAUUACAGUUAGCAUCGCAGGAAGUACUUGAAAAGGCAAAAAAGAGCGGGAGAUCAAAAUGCCCCCGAUGCAGUAGUUCAAGGAUGUUUUAUUGUUAUACAUGCUUUGUUCCUGUUGAAACUGUCCCUACCAAAGAAAUUCCGACUGUGAAGUUACCUUUGAAGAUUGACAUUAUUAAACACCCAAAUGAAACAGAUGGCAAAAGCACUGCUGUGCAUGCUAAGCUCCUGGCACCUGAUGAUGUCACAAUUUAUAAAUACCCUUGCAUUCCAGAAUAUGAAGAAAAACAACAUGAAAUAGCACUUAUAUUUCCUGGCCCCAAUUCAAUUUCAGUAAAAGAUAUUGCUUUCCAUCUCCAAAAAUACACUAAGAAAGGUGUUUAUGAUAACGACAAUGACUGUUCCAGAGAGCCAUUUCUUAAGCAAGCAAAAAUAGAACCCAAAGAAGAAAAGAAUCUAAAUGAAUGCAGCUCAAGCAACAGGAGUGAAGGCACUAGACUGAAGAAAAUAAUAUUUAUUGACAGCACCUGGAAUCAAACUAACAAAAUAAUAACUGAUGAACGACUUCAAGGGUUGCUGCAAAUUGAGUUGAAGACAAGGAAAACUUGCUUUUGGCGUCACCAGAAGGGAAAGCCAGAUACAUACCUUUCCACAAUAGAAGCCAUUUAUUAUUUCCUUGUGGACUAUCAUCAGGAGAUUUUGAAAGAGAAGUACAAGGGACAAUAUGAUAAUCUGCUUUUUUUCUUUUCAUUUAUGUACACAUUGAUUAAAAAUGCAAAGUGUUGUGCAGGAAAAGAGUAAGAUGUCUGUCUAUAGACCACUAGUGUUGCAAUAGGAUGUUUAGAAACAUACCACAGAAGAGUGAACGGAAGAGAAUGCUCCACACCAGUCUACCCAAGACUGAGUCCUACUCGACCUAUGAUCCCUGUGCGCUUCGCUUCCCUUACCUAUAAAGUUAAUUUCUGCCUCUGAAUAACAUGUCUCUACACAUGAAGCUGCACCCGUAAGCCAGUUGAACUCAGCAUGAAAUCUAAAGGCUAAGUAUUAUUACUCUGAUGGUAAAAUUUCUGCUUUUCCAACAGGGACAGAAGAGCUAUACAGAAGUAUGUGUAUAUGUGUAAAUAUUAAUAAAUAUAUACCUCCCUCCUAGCGAUAAAUGCAUUAGGACACAAGCCAAAGAUUUUUCUCCUAUGCUGUUUCUGUCUUCGGGAACAUAAAGACAAAGAAAAUCAAAGUGUGGUAUCAGAGUUUACAAAAUUAAAGAAUAAACUGUUAUAUGUACAGAGCAAAUGUGUACUUUAGAUACAGACAUCCGGCUGAGCCUGUUAAUGUACACAGAUGAGUCGUUUGACUAGGAAUUCAUUUAUUAAGUUUGGACGCAAUAUCCAGCACAAGUGCUGCAUUAUCCCUCUAAACAAUACACUGGAAAAACAAGUAAUAUUUCAUACCUUUUCACUAUUCUGAACAUUGCUGCUAAUGAGCCUAGUGUAGUUCCCUACUCUUUAUCUCGUGAAGUAUCAUGCUUUCGUUGCAUCUCCAAGCAGCACUGAAGAAAAAAAAAAAAAAAUUAAGCACAUCCAUCCAGGCUUAACAGGGCAUGCCGAAAGAGGCCGAAGGCAUAAACAGGUUAUUCCAAAACAAUUAAGAGUAAAACUGCAAAGAAAAAUUUAGAGAGUGUUGAGCUACACAGAAAUUCUGACUCACCUGCACAGAGGAGAUGCCAUGGAUCAUGCUCCGCCAUUUGCUUAGCAGAGAAGAGGAAAAAGGAGCAAGAGCGCACCCACCCUGGUCCUAAGGAACACGCGUUUGCCUCGAGUAAUCGCAUGCAUGAACACCUGCAGUGAACACGCGCAUAUAUGACCCUUGAUAGAAAAUUCAUUUUAUAUGUAAUGCAACGUGAUGUUUUCCUUGCUGUCUUUUGACUACUUACUGGAGAACAAAAUAAUCAAGCCAGCAUUAGUGUUUCUCUGAUGUUUUGGGGUUUUAUUAAUAAUAUGCAAUUAGUCUAUAAAUUCCUCGGUUUAUGCUAGUAUUUACUCUAUUUCAAUGUAGUUUUGUUACAGACAACAGCAUGUAAACCUAUUAAUGUAACUGAUUUUAUAAUAUACCUUCUGUCCUACCAAACUGAGAUAAGACCUAGCCUCUACUCUGUGAGAAUACGUUUUUGUGCGUAUGAUCUGGAAUAACAUGUAACUUCAAUAAAACAAGUUUUCUG